AUGGUAGAAGUUGACCGCAGUGAUAACAUUGAGGAGUCAAUUUUAAAAUCUCUAUCAUCAAUAAAAUUAAGCAAUUCAUUCAUAAAAGAUACAAUUGAAGAGAAAGAUGAAAAGAUUAACUCUGGAGAGUAUGGCGAUCUAUCGACACGCUCAUUACAAAUACUGCUUGAAACAAAUGAAUUAUCAAUUGUUUCAGAAGGAAGUUUGGCUGCUUAUACUAACGACCUACUAGAAUUUUCUGAUAGACCUACAUCAACAGAUCAUGUUGCUAACUCCAUUCAUGUCUCAAUCAGGGUUCUCGAUUCAAUUGGAGAUAAAGAGGCAACCAACUGUCUUCUUUCAAAGAUACAAAUCGAUCAAAGCAAGCACAAUCACAAAAUCGUAUCUCCUGCUCAUAUCAUUCAUGCAUACUGCUCGCAUACAGAUCAUCUAUCAAUUGUACAUGGAUAUUAUGCAAAUUCAUGUGCAUAUAUUGCAGCAAACAAAGAAAUGGAUCACUUUUAUGCAUUAUUGCAGUCUUAUUCUUCAGACAAUGAAUAUAUAAUAGCAGAUUAUAGUAUUCAUAGGUAUUCAACGCAUGAAGAGAAAAUAAAAUUAAGCUCCCUUGUGAUUAUAUACUCUGUUAUUUACUUAGAUGAGAAUAAGAGAUCAAUACCAAAAAGAAUUGCUUCAGCUUCAGCUUCUAAAUCAUCAGUUAUUGAUGAUUUAAUUAAGAUGAGCGCCAUCUCAAGUGCUGGAAUUCCAGUAUCAGACUUUAUACCAUCAUUCAACUCUCUCGAAGAAGCAACAAAAAAUGAUCAGACAAUAGCUAUUUAUUUUGAUGAUUUCCAAAACAUUGUCGGAUAUCGAAUUCUUAAUAAGAUUUCUAGCAUAAUUUCUGAUCCAAAUGAAGGAAACUGUAUUUCUUUUACGAAGAUCGGACUGUUCAUUUUACGUGGUACUCAGAAGAAAAUAAGAAAUGCAUCAGAUUCAGUUAUCAAAGAAUCAUCAAAUGGAGUUCAAAAGAGUAUAAAGUCAUAUUCAAUUGACAUUUUCAACAAAGUAUGCACAUAUCUUAUGGAUAAAUUCAAAGAAAGAAACUCAACAUUUAAUAUAAAUUUUGGAGAUCCGAUAUCUGCGAUGAAUUUUGUAACAAAAAUGCUAUAUGGCAAAAGUCCAAAUGAAACUCAAGCUGCAUUUGCACAAUCAGCAUUCAAAAUAGACUCUAAUUUUAAAAAUCAAAGUAGAGUGUUUUUCUUAUCAACACCACCAGGUUCAGGAAAAACUGCAUGUGAAAUAAUGCCAGCUGUAUUAGAGAGAUUCAGACAAAUUGAUUCAAAAAUAGGUGACGAAAAAGGAUCAGUAAUCAUUGCAACUUCUUUAGUUCAAGUAUCUGCUCAGAUAGCAACAUUUGCAAGCAAAAUGAUUUGCAGUAGUGAAAAAUGGAUCCGCGUCAAACGACUUGAUGGAGGUAUUAAAGAACAAACUGAAGAUGGAUAUCAUUCAAAUAUGUUAUUUCGGAAAAAAUCAUUUCGAGAAAACAUUGCUAAUAUCAAAUGGUUUUACAAGCAGCUCGUUGAUGACGAAAAUAUUCCUUCAAUCGUUCAAGAUCUAAUGAAAAAAUUUAAUGUCAGCGAAAACAAAGAAAUCGAAAAUGAAAUAACAUCCGUAUUUGAAGACGAAAAUUUAUUCAGGAAAAAAGUAUUUAGUGAAGUUUUAGAUGGAUUCGAUUCAGAAAGUCAAUGCAUAGCAGAUUGUAUUGUUGGGACAUAUGAAAUGGUAGCAUCAGCCUUAUCAUAUUCAAUUUCAACAGGAAAAUCACAAGAUAUCAUUCGAAAAAUCAAAUACAUCAUUAUUGAUGAAUGGGACACUAUUUUUAGGGUUGCUACAAUGAACAACAAUAGAACAUUAAUGCAAACAAUGAAUCAAAGAUUUUCACAAUCUUAUUGCUUAAUAGCUCUUGCUAUACUAAUAAUGAAAGUUAAUCCUUCAACAAAACUAAUACUUGCAUCUGGAACAGGAAAUGAAAUGCUGAAUAAAUGCGAGGAUAACUUUAGAACAGGAAAACAAUCGAACAUGCUUGAACCAUUAAUGAGACCGAUAAUUUCAUACUGUGACUAUGAAUCCAUCAUUAAGAAGAUUGAAGAAUUAUCAAAUGAUAAAAACAAUGCUGCAGCAAAUUUUUCACUCAAUAUAAUGCGCAACAAAAUUAAAACAAUUGAAGAGUUUAUGAAAGAAAGCAUACCAAGAAUGAUCAAAAUAUCAUCAUCGAAUAUUUGGGGUACCAGAAAACUUUCAUCAUUACCAAAGUCAGUGCUUAGCACAGUAAUGCAAGCAUAUACAAUGGUUAAUUAUAUAUUUUGCGAAAAAUGCAUGAAUAGCGGGGUAAUUCGCGCAUCAUAUGCAUUGAAAUCUACAACAACAAACGAUCAUGUAAUGCAUACAAUAAUGCAUCUUACAGCAUUAUUCUUAAUUGAUAUGAAUAUUGCAGAAACAAUCAAAAUGCUUGCAAAAUACCCAUCAAUGCAAUCAUGGAUGUUUAUGAUAUCAGUGAUAAUUUGCGUAUUGACACACGAGAAUAUGUCAUUUAGUGAAAAGACUUCACUAAUAUUUAUUCAAAAGAAAGAACUUCAUAUUGGCAUGAUGAUUUUAAUUGGAACAAUUUUGCUUAUUCUUAAGAAAGAAGGAAAAAUCGAUGCAGAAUUCCUUUCAAAUAGAUCACCUCCAGAUAAUGAAAUUUUAGAAACAAUUGCAGCAAUAUCUGCAAAGCCUAUAAAAUUUGUCGAUAAAUGUUCAUCUAUUGCACAAACAAGCAAAUCAUACUCAAUUGAUCACAUAGUACAUAAAUCAGAGUUGACAAAAGAAAAUUACGUAAAGAUAAAACAAAUAACUAGCAUUGACGAGGUCGAUUAUGCAGCAUAUGCCAUUUCAAAAGAUCUCUUGAAAUUGAACUUUGAUAUUGACCAUAUAUGGAAUCUUUGCGAACUCUGCGUUGCAAAUGGAAUCAUUUCUAUUACACGCGAGACAGUAAGCCAGGAAAGCAUGAACAAAUAUAUAGGAAAUCAAGAUAAUAACAGAAUUCCACUAAUAGCUAUUUGCACAUCAAGACUUGGAGAGGGAGUUGACUUAGUGAAUGUUGGAUCUGUUUUUGUUAUGGCUCAAAACCAUUCAUUAGGUAUCCCCACAAGCAGAGAUUGCGAACAAUGGAUUGGAAGAGGAUACAGAAAUUCACAUCUUUCACUUGGAUGCCCAAUAAACAAUCCUGCAUAUGAAGAUUAUAGAAGCUACUGUGCUGAUGAUCAAAAUAAGUUUCAGUUUUCGCAUACAGCAGUUUAUAGUGGAUUUCUUUCAACUCAAGUAGCAAGAAGAAUCAUUUCGAUCGAUGCAUUUUCUCCAAUAAUAAAAAAGCAAAAUGGAUCAUUGUAUCUGAUGGACUUUCUACCAAAAUCUUUUUCUGAAUUAAAUAUUUCAUAUUAUUCUCCAUUGAUUCUCGAUCAUUUGCAAGAUGUAGAUGGAUCACCUAAUAUGAAAUCAAUUAUAUCAUCAAUAGAGUUAAUGACAAUACCAGCUAAAAUGGUAAUAAGGAAAACAAAUAUGUUCACUCUUACAGUAAGGGAUAUCACACAGUAUAUACCUGAUUUAGUCAUUACAGAAACACUUAGCAUAGCAUGCAAUGUAUGGCCAAUUUUUGUUUCAUCAAUGUAUGUAGCACUUGUACGUAAUUGCCAUUUUGAAGAAUCAAAUUCUUUUCCUCUUAUUCAAUUUACAAAAUCGGUUGCAUCAUGCAUGUCAAUUCUAUCCCCGAAGUCACAAGAAAGUGAAGAGUAUAAACUUUGGAAUAAUAUUUAUGAAUCAUUAAAAAGUCCUGAUAUAAAUGCAGCAUCACAGUUACUAUCAAAACUUGGAUUGAAGAUGCCAGAUAUUUUUGAAUACAGAACUAUUUCACAGUUUAGUUUCACUAUUGGCUCAAAAAUAGCAAACUAUAGUGGAAUAGCAUCUUUAUACUUUAUUUUUAUUAUUGGAGUGCUAUCAACUGAUACAAAUAUCGAUGUUUUUGGACCAAAUCCAGAAGGCUUUGAGAAAAAAGACAUAUUUGUGAUUGAUGAAGCAGCAUCUAAUAUUAUUGCAAACAAUAUGAUGCUUGUUUUUGAUUUGAUUGUCACAUUUGGUUUUGGAAUGAAUUUGACAAAUUUGGGAAUUAGCAAAUGUCAAAGAACAAAAUAUCCCCGAAUUUAUGAAUCAAGUAAUAUUCAUGUUUCACCUUGCAGCUGUAGGCCUUCACUGUAUUAUAUGUGUAAAGAAUAUAAUCCAUUUAUGAUGAGAACGGGUGCAAAUGAUGAAAUUAUCAUGAACUGUGAAAAAGAAGAAGACGUGUUCAAAUGCUUUUCAUCAUGCUUCAAUGCACUUUUAUCUCUUAAUGAAGAAUAUGACAGCUUAUUCAUUCAUUUUACUGAUGAUGAAAAUUGGACUCAAUAUUCAACCAAAUUCAGUAAUUUAAUGGAAUUACUCAUAAAGAGAACAAAGACAUCGCAUGACCCUCGUUUAGAAGUAUUUAGCGACGGGAUGCGUAAACUUAAUGAUAUCUAUGAAAACUUAAAAAUACAUUCUGAUCAAUUAUCCGAAGCAAUGUCACCAUUUAUUUCACUCAUAAAUGGAUUUUGCUUCAAUUUCUUACCGCAAUUCUCAACUGAGAGCUACAAUGAUGAUGAAAUUGCCGAAAAUUUCAAAAGAUUUGUUUUAGUUGCUCUUAAUGAUAUUGGGAUAAAUAAUAUUGAAGAAAUAAUUGUUCUUAGUAAGAAAACUUCUAAUUGA